AUCCUCGGACCCCACCCACUCCGCUCCCAUCUGGGAAGCCGCUAAUUUCUGAGGCUGCCGCGACGGGUCGCGAGGUCAGGCUUCCGCGUGGCCACUUUCCCAGCGGGGCCAUGGUGGCUUGCGGAGGCGCCAGUGGGCAGAGCCACGCCCCCUCCAAGGCCUCCCCUGGCCCUUUGCUGCAGGCCCGCCGGUCGAGGAGCGCUCCCUCGCUCCCACACGCCUACAACCUGCGCCAGUACAGCGUCGACCGCGGGCACAUAGCACGUUCGAAGGCUCGAGUCUCUCACCCACUGAGCCACGUCGACCUGUUGGGCGGCAACGGCCAGUGGAGGCAGAAGAGGGCGAAGGAGCAGUGGGUGAUCGACCAGGUCGAGGCGGAGAAGGAGCGGCGGGAGCGCCAGGUCCGCGAGGACGAGAAGAGGAAAAGGAGGGAAGAGCGCGAGGCCAGGAGGCGCAAACAGCAAGAGGAGGAGCAGCAGCGCCAGCGGGUGCUGCAGGAGAAGGAGCGGAGGGAGCGCCUCGCGCAGGAGGAGAGGGAGAGGCAGGAGGAGGAGGAGAGGCGCCUGAAGGCGCAGCAGGAGGAGAACGAGCGGCUGGCCAGGCAGCCCAAAACGUGCACCACGUGCAUGGGUUCUGGCAAGUGCUCCGUGUGCGACGGCAAAGGGUUCUUCUUCGCCUUUUUCCUGGCGCCCUCCGUGAGCAAGGACACCGUGAUGGACUUCGGCCGCGCGCAGCAGGGUUGCCCAGAGUGCGGCGGCUGCGCCCAGAACAUUCGCGGCGCCCUGGUGCAGGGCUCUGGCGAUUGCUACAAGUGCGACGGCGUGGGCAAGGUGGCCCCGAGUGUGGUGGACAGCGACCCUGACCCCACAAUGAAGCCUCGUCUCCGCGCCGAGAAGACCAGGAGCUUCAACGUGGGAAAGGCGCGCGUGAGCUCGGAUUCCGUUGGCCUCGGUCAUUCGCAGAGCACACGCAGUCCCAUGUCGGGGGAAAGCACUUGCAAUUCUGGCGAACUCAGCCCAUGA